AUGGACGAUCUGCAAAGAUCUACAUCAGUCACCAAAAAAGACACAAACAAUAUAAAUUUGUACUCGGUUCUCUUUCAGUCUUACAUCCAAAUUCAAUGUUUGAAAUCUACAAUGAAUAAGCCUCCAGCUUUAAAGAUGAAUCCAACAAUGGUAUAUAAACGAAUUCUUAGGAAGCAAUCACUUUAUUUGCUAUCGGCGACCUUAAUUGCACUUCUGAUAUUCCAAAUAUUCCUACUUUUUAGAAAUGACGACCUCGCCAGGAUUAUCAAGAAUGAGGUUAUCAUUCCAAAGGACUUGUUCAAAAAUGAAAAGGAGUUGGGCAAGUUUGUUAAAUUGAAUGAGGAUUAUUUAAGGUACCAUCUCCUGGGGUCAACCGAAUUCAAUCAAGCUAUUGACAUCGAUCCAGGUAAAGAGCUUCACAGACUAAAGUACACUCAAUACGACUUUACUGCAUUCAGCUUAGCUGAAAAUAUAAACUUGGAUCUACAACAGUGUAACAAGUUGCAAUUGAACUCGCUGGUAAUGAUAAGCAAAGCAGUGCAUAUGAAGACCCCCUUGCAUGACGUACUACAGAAUAUCCUCAAUGACAUUGAAUCAGGUGAGAAUCCAUACUUGGCAGGAUUAAAGAAAAUCAUACUUCCAGAAUUAAGACUACAGUUGGAUCUUGACGUAGUGGAUAAGUUUUGGUUUCGUUUAGCGGGAAGUUCAGUUUGGUUGAAGGAUUAUGGAGUUCACUAUAUGGUAUCCCGCAUAAUGUAUAGUCCAAAGGGGACUAGAAACUCGCCACUAGUUUCAUUGUCUUAUGCGCAAUUGUAUGACGAAAAUUGGAAUGAGUUGGUGGGUACUCGAUUGUUAGUUCCCAGAGCUCGCAACUCGCCGAGUAGUGAACAACAUAUACUAAACUUUCCACAAGUUGUACCUAUUCCUUUCUGGCAGGACCCAGAGAUUAAUGAAGAUCAAUACUAUGGACCUGAAGAUCCCCGGUUGAUCUUAAUCAAGAACGAAGGAGGAUACGAUGAGCCAUUGAUUUUGUACAAUUCGUAUAAUUGCAAGAUGGAUACCUAUGAUGAUGACGAAGAUGAAAAACUAGUCACCACACAAAGAUGCUACCGUGCGAUGUCAGCUUGUUGGCCAUGGCAAUUUGACGAACGAAAAUAUAGCAAAACUGUUGAGCUUAAACUUGAAAAUUAUAGAUUAAGAACUCAAAAAAACUGGACACCGUUCACAAGCCACCUUGAUCGUCAAGUUGACGGAUACGACUCUCAUAUCUAUUUUGUUUUCAGAUGGGCAAAUUUGGAUAUCUUAAAAUGUGAUUUGCAAGGCGCGUGUACUUAUGACUACAGGUUUAAUACACUGUUGUCACCUAAAAACCAAGUCGGCCCAUUUAGAGGAGGGACUCAAUUAAUAAACUUGAAUGACUUGGCCACUGUCAAAGACAACAAAGAGGUGUGGGCUGGUUUUGCCAGAGCUCACAUCAAUGACUGCGGAUGUGGAAGCUCAAUGUACCGGCCGAACUUGGUGGUGAUAGUGAAGGAAAGAAAGGACUCUCGGAACCAUUACAAGGUGACCCAUAUAUCCUCCUCACUAUCCUUCGAUAUGUAUGUCCCAGGAUGGGAUUUGUUGUAUCCAGAAAACUCAUGCUUGAGAUCAAGUGUCUUGAUUCCAAAUGGGAUCUCACAGUGGGUCACCGAUAAGGACUCUACGGGUGCUAUAGUUGAGGACUACUUGACCUUGACGUUAUCGGUUAGUGAUUACACUGUACACAGGGUGAAUGUUAAGGGAUUGCUCAAAGAAUUGAUAAAAUGGGGGGUUCUAGACUAUGAUGUUAUGGCAAAUACGCAUCACUCUAAUGACAAUCUUGUAUGUGCUUUGCAGUCAUCGUUCGAAUUCUGUACUAAGUACGGUCUCGAACAUCAAUUAAAGAAGAUAAAAGCUCUUCCAAGAGAUGCCGACGGAAUGGUUAUAGAUCCUAAAAAAGCCGAGUACUUCAACUAUGCUCAGAGAUAUGGUUUACGAGGUGUUCAAUAA